CCGUGUUGUGAAAAGUUGAAACAAUGGGCGCACUCUCGGUCUCUUCAAGGCAGCUCGUUGCGCCGCUAGGCCUCGCCUUCACCCUCACUCUUGGUCUCUUGGGGAUUCCCUCGGCGGUUGGAUGCGGCGUCGAGAGUGGUCACCAGCGGCAUGGCGAGCCCAAGCUGCCACAAGGUGAUGCGUCAACUCUGGGAUACCCGACGGCCGUCAUCCCGCCGCUGUCGAUGAUGGAUGACGACGACGACGACGACGGGAUCGAUCUCGUCACGCGAGUUCGCUGGAUGCGCGAGGCGAACCUGGCCCUUCCCGAUCCCUGCCCGUUCGGCGCUUUUGGGGCCGUCGUCGUGAACCACACGGUCGGGGGUCCAGGGGAGCUGGUCUGCACUGGCGCGAACGGCAAUCAGGUCUCGGGCAACCCGACUCUCCAUGGGGAGAUGGCGGCCAUCAACAACUGCUCCGCGCUCUUCGUCGACCCGCGGGGCUCGUACCGGAUGACGCCGGCCGAGGCCCUGGAUGCAUUCGCCGACCUGACCAUCUACACAAACGCCGAGAGCUGCCCCAUGUGCGCGUCGGCAAUCCGUUGGGCCGGCUUCGGCGGGUACGUCUACGGCACGAGCAUCGAUGUUCUCGUCGACAUGGGCUGGGGCCAGAUCCGCAUCGGCUCCCGCCGCGUCUUCGAGCUGUCCGCCGACCUGCCCUCCCGGACGAGACUGGUCGGUCCGGUCCUUUCCAAUGAGACGGACGUCUUCUUCGGCUGGCAGUUCAAUCCAGAUGCACCCUGCCCGCGGGGCUGCUCUCGGGACCGGGAUCAGGGCGUAUGCCGUCCUACGUGAGGGGUCACGACUCACGGGAGGGGGAUGGGCUUGGCUCGUUUGGGAUUAUGCAAUGAUGAGCCUCCACUCCCCCCUCCGACUGAAGCUAGUGCCACGGAUGCUACGGAAGUCAAGAUGUUCGUGGAACGGGGUUCUCAGUGGAAAACCGCCUUUAGUCUCAACCCAUCGUCUAUCGCCUGCCCUCCUUGUCCUUGGCCGUUGCUUGAAUGUGGAUUGAGUUUACUCGGCUGGAACUUGGAGGUGUUCACCGGGGCUUCUGUUGUCCCGCGACGACAUCUUGCAGUUGCAGUAGAGGCAGGGAAGAGAAAGCAGAAUAAGCGUGAAACGCACGAGCCGGAAACGUUCUAGAUGCAAUGGACGACGCGGCCGCAACAUCAUCUGAGACAAAAUAAGGCAACACUAUCGAUCUGGACGUGGAAAGUCAAAUAAGCCAGGAAUAACUCUCGAACAGAGGGAACAGACCUCUCACAUGGGCAGGUUCAAUUUAAGACGUCCCUUGUCUCUUGGGUCUUGAGGUAGACGAGCUACCGUUACAUGUUCUGCAGCUAUCCCAUUCGAGCGACAAUUGUGUACAUCGUUCACCUGUUGAACCGUGUCAGCUAGUCUUGGCAUAUCGUGAAAGACAAAGUCUCGAGGGGGGCACCUGGGGAGCAUGAGCUUGACUUUAAUACCGUGUUUCCGUGGAAGGAACACAAGACAGCGCGGUCCAGGCCUUGGGCUGCAUGGCUCUCGAGCGUGGAGGUUGUCUAUCGGACAUCGUCCGAGAGACCAGGACAGGAGCUCCAGCCAUCCACCAACGGAAGCAAAGACGGUUCGAAAGGUCCAGAGAUCGGAUAAGGUCUCUUGAUGCGGAGUAUGUGAUGAUCUUGGACCCAUACUCCUGUAAUU